AUGUGGUCUAGAAUAACAACAUUGCUUGCGCUGCCCAUCUUGGCCCUCAUCUCCAUUCCACUCAUUCUAUCAGCAUGUGUUACAAUAUCCUUCGCGCUCAUUGCGCUAAUACUCAGACUAUCAGUGGUCUAUGUUGAGCUUGUCUGCGGACUGCUCCUGCAUUUCUUCUCGGUGCAAACCUCGUCAACUUCAUCAUUAUUGACGUUCGUGGCUUCGGAACCUCCCACUCCCGCUAGCGGUAGAUCUAGACGGAAUUCUAGCCAUGGGACGCAACCCCGCAAGCCAAAUGACUCUUUGACUUCCAGGGCCCUUGGAGCUAUCUUCGAUGAUCCUGCAUACCGUAAGAGAAACUCCUAUGCCAGGAGCAUGAUAGAGGCCCACAACCUAUCCCCAUCAACACCUCUCUACGGCUUCCCCAUAAGCGGCGAUGAACGACGUGACUUCGAGGGCGUAGGCGGCUGGCGCUCCUACGGACCGGGUAAAGCACGCAGUGCCCACCCGAACGAUAAAGCUGCAAGUUCGACCUCGUCUUCGUCAAACCAUAGCACCCGCGGCGAUGUAGACCCAAACAUGGACGCGGAUGAACGUGCCUGGCUUUGUUUGAACAAUCGACUCGAACUUCCCUCUCAACUCAUCACUCUGAGCACCAGUACAUAUGCCGGGAGUGCGUUGAGCAGCCCAACGCACUAUGACAGCGACUCGCGCAAUGGUCACAGUUUCCAAUCCCUGGCGGGAGCAGCAGACCCGCGAACCAGCUACGCCGAUAACCAGCAUUACGGAUCAAAGCAUCACCACCGUUCUCUCACGACAUCUUCCCUGACGACAUCGGACCGACGAACGGGUACAGGGCUCUCUCUGGCUCUGUCGACCAGGCCCGAUAACACUCCCAAUCCAAGAGAGUACAUGACAACCUCCACGCCGCGUCUUCCAGCUCCAUUCAUGACUCCCCAGCCAUACGCACAGUCAUAUUCUCAGGUUCGGGCUCCCCCGCGUGGUGCUCACAGUGGGGCGUUUCAAAGCUCGUAUCUCUCCAGUUCUGGAGAGGGACUUGGACACAGCUUCGGCAGCAACAGCAGUGGUGGGUAUUUUUCUCUGAGAAGACCUGGAUCCUCGGGUGGCCAUGGUCUCUCUGGGAGAAGUAGCCCCAAUGGCAGUGGGUAUACCACGCCUGGGGCAGGGGUGUCGACCGAAGAGCGGGAUGCGCAGUCCUUGGGUCUGUCGCGCUUGAUGGCACAUUAUCCUACAAGUCCAAGGCAUCGGAGACAGAGUAUCUCUGGUCCUGCGAGAGGAUUGGGUGGGUAG